CCUCCCCUCAACGCAUACCGCCAACUCCUACUCCUCAGGCAUUUUUUCGCUUGGGACAAACGUGUAGAAAUCCGCAUAUUCUCAUCUGUAUUAUCGAAAACCCUCUUCUUUUUAUCCGACCUUCAUGGCUCCCUCUGGGAAGAGCAAGACGGCCAUGAAAGCAGCGAGGACGAUAGCAGACGCGGCUGCGUGGUGCUGCGCUAUGUCCGUCGUAGCGCUCAUCUUGGUGGCCUCCCUCAGAGAGAACAAGGUCUCGAGCAUGAGAGGGAAUAGGUUCUCGGACCGGCCCUGCGACGAGAUAUACGAGGUGCGCGAAGGAGAGACGCUCCACACAAUCAGCGAAAAGUGCGGCGACCCGUUCAUAGUUGAGCGGAACCCACACAUCUGCGAUCCAGAUGAUGUUUUCCCCGGCCUGGUCAUAAAAAUCAUUCCUCUUGAGGUCAGCAGCAGGAAGAUGCUAGUGAGGUAGCUCGUCCAGAUUACAAGACUUGCUUUUGCUUGCUUUUCUUCAAGUCAUUAUUGGAAGCAUCGAGUUCAUGUGUGUAAUAAAAUGUCCAUACGUGCCUCGUAUAAAUUAUGUUUUAAUUGAUACG